UUGGAUUAAAAAAAAAAUUCAAAUGAUAAUAUUUAUUCAAUGAAGUUUUAUCAAUGAAGUUGCGCGUAGUGUAAAAAUAUAUAAAUCGAUUGUUAAAGUAAUAAUUAGAUUCGAUAUAUCGAAAAGCAUGUCGGCCAUUUUAGCAUAGCGGUGCCCGUUGUUACCGCCAAAUCGAAGUUGCGUGAACGAGGAUUUUGUAAAUGUUAUCGCGUAUGUGUAUGUACACAUGAUAUUAAUAUAAAUAUUUGCUUUCAUGCAAUCGUAUUAUUUUCUUUUUUAUUCUAUGCUAAUUUGUGUAAAACAUAUGUGACCAUGUCGGAAUAUUGUUUUUUGUGUCUCACCGAUGAAGGCGUCUUUCUUGAUAUUACGCCUACUAACUAUAAAACAUUACGUGGCGAUGUCGAAACAUUUUUGUCAUUAAAGGUGAACAAGAAAAUCAGCAAUAAAGUUUGUUAUAAAUGUGCAUUUGAAUUAAGACAAUGCAGUGAUUUUUUGAAGAAGUAUAAAGAUGCUCGCAAAACCAUAGGAACUAGUAUCUAUAAAAGGAAAUGUUGUACGUUUUGUUUGGAAUCAGGAAAGAGAAGAUAUAUUUUUCAUUUGAACCGUUGCCUCCAUCCUUUAAAUAAUCUUAAUGAUGAUCUAAUAUCUAAAGUUCAGCAGCUUUUUCAAGAUGAACUCAUUGAAUAUAGCCAAGGAAUCAUAUUAAUGUGUCUAACAUGCAGAUACAGCUUGGAUAUAUUGUUUGACCUAAGAUCUUUGUAUUUAGAAUUUUCUAAAGAAAGGGAUACAUUUUCUAAAAACAUAGACUAUUCGAUAUUACCAAAGGUUAAUACAAUUGUAAUAAAACGAAAGACAACCAUAACUGCAUCCAUGAAAACAAGAUCAUAUAUUUUAAGCAAUUCUGAAUCGGAUAAUCCUGAAGUUACAAUGAAUAAAGAUAUAUCAUCUCUUCAACCGAAACCUCGAUUUUGUGGCGCAUGUAAAAAUUCUGUUAAAGAUGGCGAAGAUAUGUAUAGAUUUUAUAAAACUAGAUUAACAGUAUGUAAAACUUGUUGGACAAGCAUGGAUCCUAGUAAAUGCAAAACAAGGCUUAAAAAACCAACUCGAUCAGAUACAAAAUUAUGUGCAGUAUUCUUAAAAGAUGUUUUGACUGAUGUAACAUUUAAAGAGCAUAAGGGAUAUAAAGUUGAAAAGGAUAGCUAUGGUAACAAUAUAUACGUUAUAACGGACAGUGAAAGUGAAGUCGAUGUGGAGGAUAAAAUUGAUACAGAAUCUUUGCAAUCUCAGGAAAAAAUUUCCAAAGAAUCUGAUAAUAAACCAAAAAUAGGUCAAAAACGUUCGAAAAUGCAUACGAAAAGUGACAGCAGUGAUAGUGAAAUUAAAAGUAUCAAAAGAAUGAAAAGUGAUAAAGAAACAACAUCUAAAAUAUCAAAAUUGCAAAACGCAAAUCGUAUGAAAAGUUCUGCUGGACGCAAUCAUUAUUCUGAUACUGAUAUUUUAUUGAGGAAAGGAUUACGAGCCAACCUUAGAACAAGGGGGAUUAAACAAGGAAAUAAAAAUGUAUAUUCUUUGUCGGACAUGGAUACUAAUAAAUCACAGAGAAAAAAACGAAAUACAACUUUGGGAAAUUUGAAAUCAUCGAGGGAAGAUAAUACAAGUGAUGAUUCGUCAUUAACCGGAGAUAGUAUAAAUGUAAAGAAUUCAAAUGAACAACAAUCAAUUAAUAUAUCUGAAACUCAUUCGAGUAAUAAUAUAACUGGAAAGAGAAAGAAAAAAUCAAAUUCAAGUUCAACGUCUGCCAGUGAAAGUACAUCAACAUCAAAGGCAAAGAGUUUUCCAUUAAAAAGAUUACGUAAAACUUCCAUGUCCAAAUCAAAGACCUCAAUAGAGGAAACAUCAUCUGAUAACACGGAACCAGAUGAAAUGGAUUCAAAUAGAAAGGAAAAAUAUAUUUGUCGUGAAUGUGGUAUAACGUUGGAGAAUAAACUUAAAUUAGCUACUCAUGAAUUAACUCAUUUCAAAACGUUGGAAUUAAAAUUACAUAAAUUAAGAAUUCAGGAUAAAUGCAAGGAUGAUGAGAAAGUUGAUGAAUUGAACGUAGAUAAAUUCAACGAUGAAUUAAAUGAACAACAAAAUGAAGAAAUUACACUUUCUGUUAUUGAUGACGAAGAAUCUGAGACUACGGAUGUACCAAAUCAAACUGAUGUAAUACAAGAUACAACAGAAAAGUCAGAUAAGGAUAUCAAAGAAUCUCUUCGUGAGAACGAAGAGAAAGAUUCAUUAGAAAUGCACAUCACUGAUAAAGAAGUUAGAGAAGAAUCUGAACUGAUAGAAACAAUAACAGAGACUAUUUCUAAAGAUCCUAUUGAAGUUAAUAAGGACAAAGAUAAAAUAUUUGAAAAAAAUGAGUCAAUCGUUACCACUGUAGAAAAUAAUAAUACUUCAAAGGACAUUGACAAUGACCAGAAUCAAAAUGAUGAUACUAAUAAUGAUAAAACUAAGGACACAGAACGAUCUAUAAAAGAAAUGGAGGUAGAAGUUAAUGAAGAGACAGUGAAUAAAGAUAAGAUGAAAAUAAAUGAAAGUGUAGAAAAUGAAGAUAAUGAAAAUAUCGAGGAACCCGAGGAUAAUACAAAAAAUAAGGAAAAAGAUAAAAUAGAAGAAGUUAAAGAAGAUGACAACGCAAAGGAGAAAGAAGAUACAACGACGGAAAAAGAAAAUGAAGUGAAGGAUAAAGAGGAUAAUACAAUGGAAAUGGAAAAUAAUAAAAAUGAAAAGGAAAAUGGUCCAACUGAAAUAGAAAAUAAUAUGGACGAAACAAAGGAUAUAACGAAGGAAAUGAAGGAUAUAACGAUGGAAACAAAGGAUAUGACGAUGGAAACAAAGGAUAUGCCGAUGGAAACAAAGGACAUGAUGAUGGAAACAAAGGACAUGACGAUGGAAACAAAGGACAUGACGAUGGAAACAAAGGACAUGACGAAGGAAACAAAGGAUAUGACGAUGGAAACAAAGAAUAUAACGAUGGAAAUAGAAGAUGAAACGAACAAAAGAGAUGAUGCAACGAAUGAAACAGCGGAUGAUAAGACAAAUAAAAGAGAUGAUAAUACAAUGGAGAAAAAAGUAGAUGAAACGGAUGAAAGGGAAUGUAAAAUAAAAGAAAUUGAAAUGAGUAAUGCAGAGAAAGAAGGGCAGAAUAAUGAUAUCAAUAAUAGUAACAAAGAUUUAAAUUCUAACAAUUCUAUAUUAAAUGUUAACAUCAAUUUGGCCAAUGAUACAAUUGAAAAUUUAAAUGUAGAAAAUGAAAAGAGUACUGAUAAUAAAGAUGAGAAGAAUGAAACGGAUAAUGGAAUUAUCAAUGAUACCAGUUUAGAAAGCUGUAAUACCAUUUUAGAUAGUAAUAUUCCUACAUCCGAUACAAACUCAAUAAAAGAUAAUUUCAAAUCUAUUCAAGAAACAGAUAAAGAAUUAGAUAUAUCUAAUAUUAAAAAUUCAGAGGAAGAAAAGGAGUGCACGAAUGAUACUCAAAAAUUACUUAAUGAUCUGACAACUAUGAACGAGCCUACCACAUGUAAAGAGGUCAGUUCAAUAAACCAAAAUAAUAAAGAAUCUGUUAAUGCAGUAGUAGAAAUGGAAGAACAUGUUUUUGAUUUAGUCACAAAUAAACAACAAAAUCAUCUAAGCACCGUAGAACAUAAUCUAAGCUGUAGUCAAAUGGAACCAGAAACUUUGGAGGAUAUUACACGGGAAAUACAAAAAAGUGCUGACAUGCCAUCUUUAGAUCCAAUCAAUUCUAUGGAAAUGGACCAUAACAGUGUAUCAAUAAAUUGAGACUAAUAAGUUCAGUAUUUUUACAGACAUUCAAACAGACGGAAUCGUUGAGAUGUGCGGAUGAUUAAUGGAUAGAAAAAAAAAAAAAAAAAAAAAAAAAAAAAAAAAAAAAGAAAAAAGAAAAAAAAACAAAGAGAAAAAAAAGGAAAAAAAAAAAAACUCGAAAUUACAGCCAACGUUGAUUAGGUCCAAAAAAUGAUACGCAUUGCGAAGAAGUGAAACUGAUAUGACUGUGUCUAUCAACAGUCCGUUCAAUGAGUCGUGUCGAUAAACAAAACCGAGAGGUAAACAAAACAUUAGCUUACUAUAAGCACGUGGUAAAAGGGAAAUCAAAACAAUGUGAUUACAACUAUUCUCCGAUAAACUGUAAACAAUAAUUGUUAAAUUUUAAACGAUAAUUAAUGCAAAAGUUUCUUUUUUCUUUUUUUUUUUUUUUUGCGAGGAUUAUUAAUUUAAAUAUUUCGAAAAUAUUAUUCAAAAACAAAAAAAAAAAAAAAAGGUUUGACGAUAUUUGAAUCGAAUUACGAAAUACAUUCACCUUUCUCAUUAUAAUUUAUUACGUGCUUUUCUUUAUAUCUCUAUUGAUUCAACUUAUUGGACGGAUUAUAAUGGGAUCGAAGGAAGGAUAUUCUUUAUUAUGAAUUCCUUUCGCAUAAUUUGGACCUUGAAUUCGGACAAGUAUAGUUAGCAAUUGGAUCGAUUGAUGACGGCAGGGACAGACGAUGAAAAAACGUUCGGAAUUGGCCAAUUGAAAGACUAUUGAUUUCUCAUCAAAGCAAUGACAUAU